UGACCAACUGCACCUGUGAGCGGGGGGAGUACUAACCCCUAACCGCUGAAACUCUCUGCUACACGGUCUACAGAAUUAUGAUAAACGUUCAUUAGUUUCGUUCUCUGGUCUUAUUAAUAAGGAAAAACACAGCAGCGCAAACCCAAUCAUGUCUUUAAGUAUGACAGCAAGCCCCGCCUUCAGUGGGAAGAGAAGCUUCAUUACAGUACUGAGUGUGGGUCGUCAGGAGACGCUAGUAAGCUCGCUGGUAGAGAGCGGCACUGUGAGAGCUGACAGAAAGCUGAGGAAGGGAAACAAAGUCCCGUUCGGGUUGCGGUUGGGCAUAGCUGGCGCGUUGGAAACAGAAUUAGCCAGAUUAGUCUGUUUGUUGGUGAUUAUGGGACCUGCUAUACCCAAGAUUGUGCGUUUCUUUGGGCUCUUCAUUCUCUGUUCCAUGUUAGAAGGAUCCCUUUCAGUCAGAUUUACAGUUUCUUCAACAACAUCAGUUGUUGCUGCACUUGGAUCAGAUGUGCUGUUACCUUGUCACCUUAUUCCUGAGAUGAACGCAGAGAAGAUGGAAAUCCGUUGGUUUAAGCCUACGUACCAGCCCUAUGUUCAUCUUUAUAUUAAUGGGAAAGAUGAUUACACAGCCCAGAUGCCACAGUUUGCUAACAGAACAGAACUGCUAAAAGACAACAUCACUAGGGGAAUUUUCCCUUUAAAGAUCCGUAACGUCACAGCUCAGGAUUCUGGGGAAUAUUAUUGUUUUGUUGAGUCCACUGAACAUCACGGCAAAGCAACAGUACAGCUACAGGUUACUGCUGUGGGAAGUCUCCCUGUAAUUUCCCCCAACACAUAUACAAGUAAUGACACUGCCUUUUGUGUGUCCUGUGGCUGGCUUCCAGAACCUUCCCUCAUAUGGACUGAUACCCAGGGGAUCCGAGUAAUCUCAUCAAUGGAAAAUGUGUACAAAGAUAAGAAGAGUUUAUAUUGUAUCUUUAGUAUAAUUUCUCUACCAGAUUCUUCUAAUAUCACUUGCACUGUCUCCAAUUCCAUAAGUCAGAUGAAUCAAAGCUGCUGGCGGAUCAGAGAAACAGGACUUCCAGUAACCUGCAGGGAUCUGUACAGUCGCUACAUUGUAUUCUGGCCUUGUCUGGCUGCUUUGAUUGUUUGUAUUGGGUGUUUGUGCCAUCAAAGCAAGGAACUCAGAAAUAAAAAUGAAGAGAUAAAACAACUCCUGGCGGCACUGGGUAACUUGAAUUGACUAUGUGCUGCAGGAUACACCCCUAAUGGCUCUGCCUCGUCCGAUCAUGGAACUCAUGGCAAUGUUCCCUCAGCCCCAGUGAAUGGAAUAUGUGCUGCAGGAUACACCCCUAAUGGCUGUACCCCAUCUGAUCAUGGGACUCAUGGCAAUGUUCCCUCAGCCCCAGUGAAUGGAAUAUGUGCUGCAGGAUACACCCCUAAUGGCUGUACCCCAUCUGAUCAUGGGACUCAUGGCAAUGUUCCCCCAGCCCCAGUGAAUGGAAUAUGUGCUGCAGGAUACACCCCUAAUGGCUGUACUCCAUCUGAUCAUGGGACUCAUGGCAAUGUUCCCUCAGCCCCAGUAAAUGGAAUAUGUGCUGCAGGAUACACCCCUAAUGGCUCUGCCUCAUCUGAUCAUGAAAUUCAUGGCAAUGUUCCCUCAGCCCCAGUGAAUGGAAUAUGUGCUGCAGGAUACACCCCUAAUGGCUGUACCUCAUCUGAUCAUGGGACUCAUGGCAAUGUUCCCUCAGCCCCAGUGAAUGGAAUAUGUGCUGCAGGAUACACCCCUAAUGGCUGUACCCCAUCUGAUCAUGGGACUCAUGGCAAUGUUCCCUCAGCCCCAGUGAAUGGAAUAUGUGCUGCAGGAUACACCCCUAAUGGCUGUACCCCAUCUGAUCAUGGGACUCAUGGCAAUGUUCCCUCAGCCCCAGUGAAUGGAAUAUGUGCUGCAGGAUACACCCCUAAUGGCUCUACCUCAUCUGAUCAUGGGACUCAUGGCAAUGUUCCCUCAGCCCCAGUGAAUGGAAUAUGUGCUGCAGGAUACACCCCUAAUGGCUCUACCUCAUCUGAUCAUGGGACUCAUGGCAAUGUUCCCUCAGCCCCAGUGAAUGGAAUAUGUGCUGCAGGAUACACCCCUAAUGGCUGUACCCCAUCUGAUCAUGGGACUCAUGGCAAUGUUCCCUCAGCCCCAGUGAAUGGAAUAUGUGCUGCAGGAUACACCCCUAAUGGCUGUACCCCAUCUGAUCAUGGGACUCAUGGCAAUGUUCCCUCAGCCCCAGUGAAUGGAAUAUGUGCUGCAGGAUACACCCCUAAUGGCUCUGCCUCAUCUGAUCAUGGGACUUAAGAGAAAGGGGAAAGUUCUACAGAUCACUCACACUCACUCAGUUCAUCUUUAAAUCAGGCAUCAUAUAUGACACAAAGUACUGUACAGGUAUAAGGGCAAAACCAAUGGCAGCUGUUACAUGGGAAAUGCAUCCGUUUUGCUCUAUAAAACUUUUGACUUUUCCCCAUUUUGUCCACCACAGGGUAAAUGAGUCUCUGUGCUAUAGAGGUAAGCACAAAAUCAUAUCGCCCCUAUUUAUUUAUUUUUUUAAAUAAAAUAUGGACCAGCUUUGGAUGGGGGUGGGGGGGCACAGCCUGUGCACAAUGAGCCAGAGGAGCUUAUCAGAACCCACCAUUGAAGCUCUUGCUCUUUAGGGUAAAGGGGGAACUAUCAGUUACCCCCAGGGGUUCCCCGGGACCCCACAGGUUGCAGUGGGCCAUUGCCUGAGUAAGCCUAUGAAUUUACCUUAAUCCCUGACCAGUUAAGAGAUAGGGAGUUAACCUGCUAGAAAUGUUUCCAGUGACCCAAACCUGCUCAUAGCCCACAGUAGGGCUCCUUAUCAGCUGCCCCUUCUUUUGUGUUGGGCAAUAAACAAAAAAAAAGAAAACCAAGGGAAACAACCCUAAGAAUAAAAAAUGUAUAGAAUUAAAUGUCACCACCCCCACAGUCCUACAUAUCAUAUUGGCCUGUAUAUGGGGCCUGCCCAUGCAAUAUCUGGUUGAAAAUCAGCCAGGUAUUGAUCAAGCAGGUUUAAAAAUUCUGUCAGGACAAGGACUCCAUCAGCUCCUUGAUGUUCCCUCACAGCAACAACCUGCAUCCAUAUUGCUGAGAGCCCAACAGAUGAAUCAGCCCCAUGUUGCCCAGCUCAGAUAAAGAUCUCCCUGAUCAAUAUCAGCAGCUCCAGAUUUUUAAAGAUUUGUCAGUGGCAACGCUACAGAAAAGGAGAGUGUUUAUUCAGGUUACAUCGAUUUUACGGACUGCAAAUAUUGUUUAUAAAUGGGGGUUUCCCGCCAGACUGAUCUUUGUGAGCAAUGGCGCCUCGGUAAUGAUUAAAACAGUGGAGCAAGGUAUGAAGCAAUUACAGCAAUGGGGUCUGGUGAGUGAAGCUCCACAACGGAACUCUCCAAAGAAGCAGCAACGAAUUAGGCAAGACUGGCAAAACGUUAGGAGCAAGUAAUGAGUUGUUUCUCCAGAAACUAAAUGUAUUUAUUUAUUUUUUUUCUUCCCUAGUAAUGUAGCUUAGGGCUACUAUAUUGGGUGGGCUGGCUUACACGCAACUUUUUUUUCUCUCAUAUAUAGUUAUUUUGUACCAAUGUUAUGACUAUUAUAUAUAUGAUUAUGAUCAAACAUAAUGCCAACUCUGCCAUGAAAGACACAAAGUUGGGCGUAAUCAGGGUUGAACUGGGGGAUGCAGGGCCCACCACACCCUUAAAGGUGAAGUUCUUAUUGUAUAUACUGGGCAGUAUGUUAUGGAAAAUGUGUAUAUGAAUGUGAGAAUAUUAAAUUGUUUUGCAUUG